AUGUCUACGGGGCCAGAUGUGCCACCAUACCAGAUUCAGACCCUCUUGAACGAUAUAUUUACGCAGACAAGUUCGCAAAUUACAUGUGCUCAGGCGCUCGGCAAUGAAAUCUAUGUCGGGACAUCCCACGGAGAACUCUUCCAGUUCAUGCUGACUGGCGCUGAGGACAAGCUUGAAACGUAUAUCAUUGUUUCACGACAGAUAGUCCCGGGAGAGAAGCCAGUCGACGACAUUGUGCUCAUACCCAGCAUCUCGCGGGCCCUGGUUCAGUCAGACCGUCAAAUCCACUUUUACACACUGCCGAACCUGGAGCCUGAUCCAAUAAAGCCUAUACGGAAUGUCAUGACCUUUGCUGUGGACGAUCAACAUCUUAGGCGACCGGCUCCCAAAUCCAAUCCUGCGCUGGGGUACUCGACCCACGUAGACCCGGUGGAAUUCUGCGUAGUUAAGAGGUCCGGAAUAGCCAUGUUCUCCUUGAGGGAGAGAUUAUUUUACUCAAGGGAGAUUCCGCUCCCACAAUCUCAGGGAGCAGGUUCGGUCCUCGCUAAGAGGGCAGGAAAAUACCUUUGUUUCGCCGACAAGGAAAACUACAACAUGGUCGACCUCGAAGAUGCGCAGCUCUUUCCUCUACUCCCCAUCUCACAGGCUCCCAGUCAGGAUGGCGCCAAAAUUCGGCCAAUGAUCAACGUUAUCAGCGAGAACGAAUUCCUGAUCCUCUCCUGGACAGGGGCCAGUACACUUGGGCUUUUCAUCACAGGAGACGGAGAUCCAGUAAGAGGAACAUUGGAAUGGCCGUCCUAUCCCCUCGGAAUAUGUAUGUCCUUCAAGUUGAUCGUCCUCCUCGACACCUUCCGAUAA